UCAUACAUACAUACAAGCGCACACAGUCGCAUAGCAUUUUCUUCAUUUCUUCAAUUCCCUCUCGUCUCGUUUCUUCUCGUCUCUUCACUUCAGGCCCACUUUAGUUCUCCUCUGCAACCUCCGAUUUCAAUCUCCAAAUCUCCAUAGACGCGACAAAGAGAAAGUGAUAGAAAGUGACAGUCUCGUAUAAACAACAAGAAAACAGAUGGGUUACAGAAACAGAGAGCUUCAUGGGCAAGAAAUCGCUGUCCCAGCUUCAUUCAGCGAUGCCUUACUGUUCACUACCAUGUGCAUCAUUGGCCUCCCAGUCGAUGUUCAUGUCAAGGAUGGUUCAGUUUAUUCUGGAAUAUUCCACACUGCCUGUGUAGAAAAUGACUACGGUAUUGUGUUGAAAAAGGCAAGGAUGAUUAAGAAGGGGAAUUGUGAUGCUAAUGUAGUGAGUGGGGAUCUGAUAGAAACACUUGUGGUCAUAUCAGAAGAUCUUGUUCAAGUGGUUGCUAAGGGAAUUUCGCUUCCAACAGAUGGUGUUGCUUGCAAUGUUGCUGGAGAUGAUGCAGGGGAUGUUGUGGGCACUAUUCCUACCCUUGAAUGUGCAGACAGAGGGGUAAAAAUGAAAAAGUCUAACAAGAUCAACAUGGAGAGAAUUCAAACUAGUCGGACAAGGAGACCACCUCAAGUUGAGAACAGGAUUGCUUAUGGAUUUGCACCUACAGCAGUGUGCCAUGUAGGCAAUGCUCCAAUAGUUGAAAAUGGGAAAUCAGAUGGCAUAGAUUCUAACAAAGAAGCUUCCAGUGCUCAAGUUAAUGGGAGACAGGUUGUAGAUGGCAGAUCACAAGGGAAACAGUUUGAUUUCGAAGGGAAGUCCGACUUUCAAAAGGAAGAAACUAAAAGUGAAGUUCAAGGUUCAGGUUCAAGCUUGGAUGCUUGCUUUUCCCAGUCAAAAGCUGUUGAGGAAGUGCAUCAAGAUAUUGCAUCCAAGCAGCUACCAAGUGGUGGACCUUCUGAUCGUCCUGCUUCCUCCAUUGUCAAACUGAAAGAUCAAAAUCAAGAAAGGCAUACUUCUGAAGACAGUUCAUAUUCAACUGCUUCUAGUGUUUCAACUUCUGGCACUUUGUUUGUGGAGGCUAUCACAGAAUCAUGCGUCAGUUCAUCAACUCCAACUGAAAUGGUCCUUCCAAAAAAUUCAAGUUUGACUUCUAAGGAAUUUAAGCUCAACCCUGGGGCAAAGGUAUUCUGUCCGUCAUUUGCAAAUCAUAAAUCGGUGACUCCUCCAGCAAUGCCGACAACAGUUGCAAAUGUGUCAUACAUUCCAGACAACUUUCCUGUGGUACCCAUUGCUAGUGCACUGCCCGAAGUUGACAUGAGCUCUUUUGUUCCUCGCUCAUCUCUGCCUGUCAAGUUUGUUCCACAUGGUAACUUGAUAGCUGGAAAUGGCAUCAACGAUUCUCAAUAUUCUCAACCGAUAAUUGAACAUGUGGGAAGCAGGACACAGCCAGCUAGAUAUGCUGGUGAUCAUCAUUCUAUCCAAGCAGGGCCUGCCUACAUGCAUUCAAAUUCCCAAAAUGUUAUGGUUGGACGAUUGGGGCAGCUUAUUUACAUGCAUCCUGUUUCUCAUGGUGUGAAUCAGGGUGUGGCGGCUUUCUCUCAAGUAUCUACACAUCCUCUGCUGAAUACACAUCAGGGCCAUCUUCCUAAGCACCAAGGAAGUGCAGCAGCUCAAGCAUUGCAGCUGUGUUUGACUCCGCCUUUUAUAGCUUCUGGGCAGCAGCAGCCAUUUGCAGUACAAAGCAACAUACCCCUCCCCGUUCCGCAGCCUCCCUUUCCUGUUAUUCAGCCUAUACCAGUCCCGGGUUCUACUGGUAUCUUCAACACUAAGUGUCCGUAAAUAUGUUUUCUUUUUUGUCAUCGCCUCACCAGGAAAAUAUUCUUUAUUCCCUCCAAAAUUUUGACUCUGGUUAGCUCAAUUGGGAAUCAUCAAUGAGGGGUAUAGUUUUCUAUGCAAUGAUGGGGGUGUAUUAGUCUCGGUAAAGCCUGGUCUAAGAGCAAGUUUUAUUGGGUUAAUUGAAAAUUGUUGGGAAAUUCUUUCUUUUGACAAUAUUGAUAUGAAGGGAAAUGACUAAAAUUUUCUAGUUUAAAGAGCCCUUUUUUCUUUUUUCAUUUUUCAUUUUUCAUUUUUUACUUUUUAUAUAUAUAAAUUGUAAGGUGACAUUAUUUGA